GUUUGAGUCAUUUGAACAGUAUGGCGGCGCCCGUGUGGCGGUGUGAAUCUGUCAUAUGCUGAGUGUCUCGUGUAUUAAUGAGGCUCGAGAAUGAAGCUCUGAAUGGAUAUUUAAUAUCGAUCACACUGAACGGAUCGCAGUACAUCUGUAUAUACGUCCCGCUGUUUGUCGUAGUAAUGCUGCUCUCUGUGUGCUCGCGGAGGCCGCUGCUUGAUGCCUGUCUGAUCAGGCUCAGCGUCCGCGGUCUGUUCAGUGAAUCGGGGGUCUGGGAGCGCGACUAUAAGGUGGAGACGCGGCGUCGGGUUGAGCAGUGGUGGCACGGCCGCAUACAGGAACAGUGGCAGAGAGAUGCAGCAGAUCAGAGCUCCCGGAAGAAGUUCUACGUCCUCUCCAUGUUCCCGUACCCAUCGGGUCGGCUGCAUAUGGGCCACGUGAGGGUUUACACCAUCAGCGACACCAUCGGCCACUUCCAGAGGAUGAGGGGCCAUCAGGUGUUGAACCCGAUGGGCUGGGAUGCGUUUGGUCUGCCGGCUGAGAACGCCGCCAUCGAACGAGGCCUGGACCCCGAGGACUGGACCAAGAGUAACAUCCAAUCCAUGCGGAAGCAGCUGGACAGUCUGGGGCUCUGCUUUAAUUGGGAUCGGGAGGUCACUACAUGUCUGCCCGAUUAUUAUAAGUGGACUCAGUAUCUGUUCAUCAAGCUGUUUGAGGCUGGACUGGCCUAUCAGAAAGAGGCGCUGGUGAACUGGGACCCAGUGGAUCAGACGGUUCUGGCAGACGAGCAGGUGGAUGAAAGCGGUCGCUCCUGGAGGUCUGGAGCUCGGGUGGAGCAGAAGCUGCUUCAGCAGUGGUUCAUCAGAACCACCAACUAUGCCAAGCCUCUUCUGGAUGCUUUGGCAGAUCUCCCAGAGUGGUAUGGAGUCAAAAGCAUGCAGGCCAACUGGAUUGGCGACUGCUCAGGCUGCUUUUUCAACCACAUAAUGAAGGUGGAUGGUCGUGACUCAGGUGAGGUGUUGGCUGCAUACACCUGUUCUCCAGAGGCUGUGUUUGGAGCGGCCUAUGUUUCAGUCCUGCCCUCGCACCGGCUGUUGCACGGCUCCAGUGCCCUCAAAACGGCUCUGCUAAGAGCCCUGAGACCCGGCAGAGACAGCCUGACUGAGGUCACGGCCCUCAACUUGUUCACCGGCCGUGAGCUUCCAGUGGUGAUCUCCAGCAAGAAUGAGUUCGACGGACAUCUGGACACUGUCAUAGGCAUCCCAGAGAGCAGUGAGGAGGAUGCAGAGUUGGCUCAGUCUCUGGGUUUGAGCUGGACUUCUGUUCUGAAGACAGAAGAAGACGGGACACAGACUCUAAUGAGCUCAGAUGAGUUCACAGGUCAGAGCCGGGCACAAGCUUUUAACUCCAUUACCCAGAAAGCCCGGGAGAGGAGCGCUGGAGGAUACCUCACUAGUACCAAGCUGCGUGAUUGGCUGAUCUCAAGGCAGCGCUACUGGGGCACUCCCAUUCCCAUAGUGCACUGCGGCACAUGCGGGCCUGUGCCAGUUCCAGUGGAGGAGCUGCCUGUCAUGUUACCUAAAGUACCGCCCCUCUCAGGGAAAGGGGCGUCGCCCUUAAAGACAGCACGGGAUUGGCUGAGAUGCCAGUGUCCGAGGUGUAAUGGGCCGGCGGAGAGAGAAACAGACACCAUGGACACCUUUGUGGACUCCUCCUGGUACUAUUUCAGAUACACUGACCCUCAGAACCCGCUGAGGCCCUUCGAGCGCUCCACAGCGGAUCACUGGAUGCCUGUGGAUGUUUACAUCGGAGGGAAGGAGCACGCCGUCAUGCACCUGUACUACGCCCGCUUCCUCAGCCACUUCUGCAGAGAGCAGGGCAUGGUUUCACACAGGGAGCCCUUCAGAAAGCUGCUGGUGCAGGGUCUGAUCAAGGGACAGACAUUCAGGGUGCCAGAGACCGGCCAGUACCUCAAGAAAGAGGACAUCGACUUCUCAGGUCCGGAACCCACUCAGAGGGACACCGGUGGCCGACUGCAGGUCACAUGGGAGAAGAUGAGUAAAUCCAAACACAACGGGCUGGACCCGCAGGAGGUGCUGCAGCAGUACGGCCUCGACACCAUGCGCCUCUUCCUCCUGUACGCCGCUCCACCCGAGCAGGACAUCUUAUGGGACGUCAAGACGGAUGCCCUCCCAGGUGUAUUGCGAUGGCAGGCCCGUCUGUGGGGUUUGGUCACCAGACUGAGAGCUGCACGCGAGGGUCCAGAGACGCCCAACCCCUCCGUCCUCAACAAGAGAGAACGAUCAGAGGCCAAGAAGAUCUGGGAGAACAAGAACUAUGCCAUCACACAGGUCACAGGUCACUUCACAGAGGACUUCCUGUUUAAUGCGGCCAUCUCUCGGCUCAUGGGCCUGACCAACACACUCUCACAAGCCUCGUCUCGAGUGGUUCUGCACAGUGUGGAGUUUGAGGAGGCUUUGGCAUCGCUCUGUGUGAUGGCGGCACCCAUGUGUCCACACUUAGCUUCUGAACUCUGGGCAGGUUUGUCUCAGGUGAGGAGUCCUCUAAGAAGUGUGCUGUCUGGGAAGGGAAGUGUCCUUCAGCAGCCGUGGCCCAGUGUGGACCCCGAGUACCUACAAACACCCGACACACUCCAGCUGUCCGUACGGAUCAAUAAUAAGGCGUGUGGGAGUGUGUCUGUACCUCGUGAAGUGGCUCAGGACGCACAGAAGGUUCAGGAGCUGGUGCUGAACAGCCCUCUGGGAGUCCGUCUGCUCUCGGAGCGUGUCAUCAAGAAGGCCAUCCUCUCGCCCAGAACGGCCCUCAUCAACUUUCUGGUGGACGAAUGACGCGAUGUGCCUUCCUGGACGUCCAAAAUGGACCGUGCGUGAAAAGACGCAGAUAUCCAAAGAGCCACAUCACUCAAGGAUUUUUUUUUUUUUAAGUGAACAAAUAAGGACAUGGUGUACUGACUUUUCAGUUUUACAAGAUGUUCUUGUUGAGUUGAAAAUGGAAGCGGCUUUGCUCUUUGUUGCUAAAUAUAGAGGAUUUUAGGCGA